GUAGGCCGCGCCAAACUAUUGGCUAGUCUUCGGCUACGUUAUCCAUCUCCGCCCAGCCGCGUCCGCCCUCGGAACCCCGGGGGCGCGGCCUCCGCGAGUGGCUCAGCCCCGCCCGCCCGGAAAGCAGGGUGAGGAGGGGCGUGCCGACCAGCCUAGCUCCCCAACGGGGUCCUCACCUGGUAUAAGGGAAUCGCAGAGAGCAAUGUUGACGACUUUGGAGGGAGGACAGUGGCUGAGUUGAAGGAGACAGUUCUGACGUCCCCGCCACCCUCCACCCUAGAGACGUGGCCCCGCCCCCGGGCUAGUCGGAAUCCUUUAAAAGGUCUAGGGUGUAAGGAAAGGGAGGGUCGGUCGAGCGUCUCCUGGCGACGGACCGGUGGCUCCACCCAGCCAAUCCGCGCCCCGCGGCGGGCAGGGCUCCAGCCAAUCGCGACUCGCGGUUCGGCUCCUGGGCGGAGCUGGGUGGGCCGGAGGCCAAACCGAGAGGCCCUGGGGAGGUGAGCGAGGCUCGUACCCAGCACUGUUGGGUCGUAGAGCUGCGGACGUCCCACGACUUGGUCAUUGCGAAUCUGGCAGCUGAGAUGGGGAAACUGAGACCCCGAGAGGUACUGUCACAUAACUUAACAAAGAUCAAACAGCUGAGCAGUGUCAAAGGCAGAAUUCAAACCCAGGUUUGCCUGCCUCCAAUCCAGGUCUCCGUACCCCACAGCUGUCAUACGUGACACUUGUGAAGAAAUGAGUGUUGUAGAAAGAACAGCUUUAAGACUCAGGGACUUGAAUCGGGAUCCUCAUCUUGCAGCUGAGGUAACUGAGUCUCAAGGAGGCAAAUUUCACUAUUCAAGGCCACACAGGCAAGGCAUCAUGGUGGGAGGCUUGAAGAGGAAACACUCCGAUUUGGAGGAGGAAGAGGAGGAUGAGAAGUGGGACUGGGGCCCAGCAAGCCUGCGGAGCCACCAGCAAGCGCUGCUUCGAAUCUCCUUAGACAAAGUCCAGCGAAGUCUGGGCCCCCGCGCACCCAGCCUGCGCAGGCACGUCCUUAUCCACAAUACCCUCCAGCAGCUCCAGGCCGCCCUUUGCCUCGCUCCAGCGCCCGCGCUGCCCCCUGAGCCCCUCUUCCUGGGCGAGGAGGACUUCUCCCUGUCGGCCACCAUCGGCUCUAUUCUCAGGGAACUGGAGACCUCCAUGGACGAGUCAGAGUCCCCUCAGAAUCCAGUGGCUCCCCCGGGCCCCCAGAACCAAGUGCUGCCCCAGCCUGAUCCAGUCUUCUUGGAAGCCCUGAGCUCCCGGUACCUGGGAGACUCCGGUCUGGAUGACUUCUUUCUGGACAUUGACACGUCUGCGGUGGAGAAGGAACCUGCGCUGGCCCCGGCGGAGCCUCCUCACAACCUCUUCUGUGCCCCAGGGUCCUGGGAGUGGAAUGAACUUGAUCACAUUAUGGAAAUCAUUCUGGGGUCCUAACACUUUGGGGGCGGGGGGCUCUUCAUCUCAUCCUCAGUGGGCUGGAUCCCUGGAUACAGCUCCGUGUGUGUGUGUGUGUGUGUGUGUGUGUGUGUGUGUGUGUGUUUUGGCAGGGGCUCUAAGCAGUGCCCGUGGCCUCCUUUUCUCCCAGUUCAGGGUUCCACAAACCAUCUUGCGUGUGUGUGUGUGUGUG